AUGCUCAGACACCUCACAGAAAGAACCUGGGCCAACACCAUUGUCUUCUUCACCUUCAUCAUCACCCUCUCCUGCUUCUCCCGCUACAUCUCCACCUUCAUCUUCUUCGGCUCUUACGCCACCUCACUCUACUUUUACCUCUCGCUCACCUCAAAUGCCGUCAGCGAGGAGCGUAAACUCGACAAUCUAGGCAAACGUGCGCCUUCCAUCCCAAGCUACGCGCCAUGGGGUCUCGAUAUACUGUUUCGAGCUCUGUACGCAUUUACACAAUGGCGGAACCAUGAGUUCUGGUAUUAUGCUUUUUCGCAGAAUAAAAAUGCGAAUAAUCAGUGGACUGUUGAGGCCAUGACGCUUGGCCAGCGAUUGACCUUUACAGCGGAUGAGGAGAAUAUCAAGGCUAUUCUCGCGACGAAGUUCCAGGAUUAUGGAAAGGGACCGCAGUUUAGAAAGGAGUGGAAGGACUUUCUUGGGUUGAGCAUCUUCACAACCGAUGGCGAAAUGUGGCACAACUCCCGCAUGCUCCUCCGUCCACAAUUCAUCAAAGACCGCGUCUCGGACCUGCACACCUUCGAGACGCACGUCCAAAAGCUCCUGCCACUGCUCGCCGGGAGCCACAACGGCGCCACAGUCCGCGUAGACGACCUCUUCUACCGCUUCACCCUCGACGCAGCCACGGACUUCCUCUUCGGCGGCAGCGUCAACAGCCUGGAAGACAGCCAGGCAGACUUUGCGGAGGCUUUUACUGAAGUCCAGCGCACGCAGGCGACCAUCGCGCGAGCAGGGCCGUUGCAGCAUUUCGUGCCCAAGAAGUCGUUUUACAAAGCGCUCGACACGUUGAACGCGUUCGUCGGCCGCUUCAUCGACCAGGCGCUGCAGCUGUCGCCGGAGGAGUUGGAAAAAACGACGAAGUCUGACGAAGGCUUUACCUUCCUGCACGCAUUGGCCAGCUACACUCGAGACCGAGAAGUGCUUCGCGAUCAACUCGUCGCCACCCUCCUCGCCGGACGCGACACAACCGCCGUAACACUCUCGUGGCUCUUCUACGAACUCUCCAACCACCCAGAAGUCGUGCAGAAACUACAACAAGAAAUCACCACCUCCGUCGGCCUGAACCGCGAACCAACCUACGACGACCUGAAGAACAUGCGCUACCUCCAACACACCCUGAACGAAGUCCUGCGCCUCUAUCCCGUGGUGCCGUACAAUGUCCGCGUAGCCCUCAACGACACCACAUUACCCCGUGGAGGCGGCAAAGACGGCACGGAACCUAUUGCUAUUACCAAGGACACGCCGGUCGGGUACAGCACGCUCAUCUUGCACCGGCGGGAAGACAUUUACCCUUCCCCUUCUGCCACGUUCAAGCAUCACUUAGAGUUCUCGCCGGAGCGGUGGGAAAACUGGACGCCGAAGUCGUGGACGUAUAUCCCGUUUAAUGGGGGGCCAAGGAUAUGCAUCGGCCAGCAAUUCGCGCUGACGGAAAUGGCGUACACGGUCGUGCGGAUCCUGCAGCGUUUCGAGCGCGUAGAGAGUAGGGACGAGGAGUUUCCCAUGUUCAGGUCGGAUAUCGUGUUGCAGCCGGCCAAGGGGGUUAAGGUUGCUUUUGUUGGGCGGACGUGA